GAAGGUGAAGUUUUCUUUGCCUUCCCAAAAAUAAAAAUUAAAUAAUAAUAAUAAAAAAACUUUACUUAGCUUUGCAAUACAUUACAAUAUUACAUAUAUAGAUAUAUAUACACAUAAUAUAUUUUACAUAGAUUCACCGCCACUGGCGAGAUAUAUAUCUCUGGGUUUUUCCUUUAGACGAAUUUAGAGUUGUCAAUGGAGAAUUUCUUUUCAUAAUUAUUUUCUCACUGCAUUUUCCAAACAAAACUCGUACUGUUAUCUUAUCUUUUAAGCUUAUUUGGAGCUCUUCCUUUUCAUGGCGAUUUCAGAUUCGCCUGAAAGCGUAGGUACCACCGUUACCAACUCCAUCGAUACUAAUCACAACGACGUUUCAGAUCUCAAAGUCUCCUCGAUUCGGAGGAGACCUAACGCUGGCGUUACAGAAGCUUCAUCUGAUUCUAGUUCAGGGACCAGCUCUCCUCUUCUUCCUCUUGACGCCGAUAAUUCUCUUAAAGAUUUGGUUGCCGACUCGGCUAGUGAUGUCUCUUCCGUUGGCCGUGUCAGCGACAACGAUGGAGAUCGGAUUCCCGCCGUGGACUUUGCCACGGACGCUGUUGAUACGAAGGAGAGCCCGGAGAAGGUUCGUAAUGGUGAGGAUCAAGGACAUGAUUUCUCGGCUAUGAAAUAUUCUUACAGGCCGUCAGCUCCUGCUCAUCGGAGAGUGAAGGAGAGUCCUUUGAGCUCAGACGCAAUCUUCAGACAGAGCCAUGCUGGUCUUUUCAACCUCUGUAUAGUAGUACUUGUUGCUGUCAACAGUAGACUCAUUAUUGAGAAUUUAAUGAAGUAUGGUUGGUUAAUCAAAUCUGGCUUUUGGUUUAGUUCAACAUCGUGGCGGGAUUGGCCUCUUUUUAUGUGUUGUCUUACUCUUCCACUAUUCCCACUUGCGGCAUUUACAGUUGAGAAGUUCGUUCAAAAAAAGUACAUAUAUGAGCCUGUUGUUGUUUUUCUUCAUGUGAUUAUUAGCACCACAGCAAUUCUGUGUCCCGUUUUUGUUAUUCUCAGGUGUGAUUCAGCUGUACUUUCUGGCUACGCGCUGAUGAUGUUGGCCUGUAUUGUAUGGCUGAAGCUGGUCUCUUAUGCGCAUUCAAGUUAUGAUAUGAGAGCACUUUCCAGAUUAAUUGAAAAGGGAGAAGUUCUACCCAGUUCAUUGAAUGUAGAUUACAAUUACAACGUUAGCCUCAAAAGUUUAGCAUAUUUCAUGGUUGCUCCAACAUUAUGUUACCAGCCAAGCUAUCCUCGUACAGCAUACAUUCGAAAGGGUUGGGUCUUUCGUCAACUUGUCAAACUGAUAAUUUUUACAGGAGUUAUGGGGUUUAUCAUUGAACAGUACAUUAAUCCUAUCGUGAAGAACUCCCAGCAUCCGCUAAAGGGGAACCUGUUGUAUGCCAUAGAGAGGAUUUUGAAGCUUUCAGUUCCUAAUUUAUAUGUGUGGCUCUGCAUGUUCUAUUGUUUUUUUCACCUCUGGUUAAACAUACUAGCUGAGCUUCUUCGAUUUGGUGAUCGAGAAUUCUACAAGGAUUGGUGGAAUGCAAAAACAGUGGAGGAGUAUUGGAGAAUGUGGAAUAUGCCUGUUCAUAGAUGGAUGGUCCGCCAUAUCUAUUUACCAUGCAUAAGAAAAGGAAUACCAAAGGGAGGUGCCAUUUUGAUUGCAUUCCUAGUUUCUGCUGUUUUUCACGAGUUAUGUAUUGCAGUUCCCUGUCACAUUUUCAAGUUAUGGGCGUUCAUUGGAAUUAUGUUUCAGGUUCCCUUGGUAUUGAUUACAAAUUACCUGCAAAAUAAGUUCAGAAACUCAAUGGUGGGAAAUAUGAUAUUCUGGUUCAUUUUCUGCAUUCUCGGGCAACCGAUGUGUGUGCUCCUAUAUUACCAUGAUGUGAUGAACCGAAAAGGGACAAAUGAAUAACCAUGGAGCUCUGCUGUAUAAUCUGACCGUAGUUUAGAUCACUCGAAACCGUAAGUUGUCAUUGAUGUGCUUAAAACUCCAUGGAUUCUUCAAGGCAACUCGACUCAUGUGGCAGCGUGUUUAAAUUCUACGACCAUGUAGGAUGCAGCGAGCUUCCACAGACAUUUCCUCUAUUCGAUUUCUCUUGAGCGGAUUUUUUUCUGACCCAGUCGACUAACACAUACAACGCUUUGAGAGUAAAAAGUACCACAAUUUUUAGGCCUCAGUUUAAUUAAUACUUGUCUGGUCUAAUUUACUAUUGUGGAGAAAGCUUGUAAUUUGUAAACGUUUCAUGAUCAAACUUGGUUAGAGGCCAAAAUACAACAUAUUUUUUCAUAUAA